CCUUUCGCUCUCCAUUCGUUUUGAAACGUUGUGAGGCGCGGUGGCGCGCUCAGGUGCUCGGAAACGCGCAUCUGCACCUAGAUUAGCGAAAGCACUCUCGCAUUCACUCACGCGCCGCCACAUCGGAGAUACCGGUUUUUUGGUUUUUGUUUUUUUUUUUUCGAGUUUCUUUACGUGCCUGUCGCGUGUUUUGGUAUGUCUCCACCAGUUUGAAGGAAAGCUGUCCGUAGAAGAAGAGUGCUUCUGAGCAGCAGUGCAGAUUUCAAACAUGGAAGAAAUGACAAUAUGGGAGCAGUAUACCAUAACCCUGAACAAGGACUCCAAGCUAGGAUUUGGGAUUGCCAUCUCUGGAGGCCGCGAUAAGCCUGGAGCGUUGGCUGGAGAUGCAGCAGUGGUCAUCUCUGAUGUGGUCCGAGGAGGUCCAGCUGCCGGAAGGCUGCAGACUCGAGACCGCAUUGUCAUGGUAAAUGGAGUCUCCAUGGAAAAUGCAACGUCCACAUAUGCCAUCCAGCAUUUGAGGAGCUGUGGGAAAACUGCCAAUAUUACUGUGAAGAGACCACGAACAGUUCAGAUCCCCUUGUCAACUUCCAGCCAAAAUUCUGUACACACAACGUCCCGAGCCUUGGCGAGAUCAGAGAACGAUUCCUGGCACCACAGAUCCCCCAUGGAUGAUGAUGACAGUCCACCCACACAUAGACACUACAGGGAGCAGCAGCAGAACUAUAGACCCAACAACUACCCCUCAGAGACGGGUUCUGGCAGCGAGAGAAGUUAUGUUUACCCCAGAGGGGAUGGCAACUCCUUUAACGGGCAACAACAUCGAAGUCGCACUCCCAGCAGUGACAGCAGGAGGAGCCGAGAAACAGAUUCUGUGGAUGGGCGAAGGUUCAACUCAAACCUGAAUCAAAAUGAUGCAGCACUUGCCCUCAUGUCUGAGUACAAGAGACUACCCAGCCACGGAGAACCGUAUAAACCAGCGCGUGUCGUCCUGGUGAAAAAACAACUGUCUGAUGAAUAUGGCCUGAAGUUGGGUAGCCAGAUCUUCAUCAAGCACAUGACCCCUACUGGCCUGGCCAGUCAGGAGGGUUCUCUUCAGGAAGGGGACCUGGUACUCAAGAUAAAUGGAAUUACGACAGAAAACAUGUCCCUGGUAGACACCAAGCAUCUGGUAGAGCGGUCUGAAGGCAAACUUACCAUGACAGUGGUGCGUGAUGGCGAGCAGUUCCUUGUGAAUAUUCCUGAAGUAGAGGACAGCGAAGGGGAGAGCACAGACCUUGAAGACAUUUCAGACAUUGAACACGAGGAGACGCCAUCUCCACCUAAAAGGUUGGGCAGCUUGGACAGCAGAAUACCAGACCGACAUGAAGAAGACCACAGAAGCAUCCCACCUGUACCAGAAGGAGAAGCUGACAAGGCAGUCCCAAUGGUGUAUGCCUCAAGGGAAGAAGAGCCCAUCUACUGCUUGCCUCCUGAUUCCAUUCCAAACCUGCAGUCAAAGUCUCAGGAGGAUCUCAACAGUGGUUAUAGCUCGGACCUCAAGCAGGUUGCCUUUUUAAAAGAAGAGAGUGUGGGACUGCAGUUGGUAGGGGGCAACGAUGUGGGCAUUUUUGUAGGAGGCGUCCAAGAUGGCAGCAUGGCUAAUAAAAAGGGCGUCCUGGAGGGUGACCAAAUUCUGCAGGUGAAUGAAAAGGACUUCACCCACCUCACACGAGAAGAAGCCGUCCUCUAUUUGCUCAACAUUCCAAGGGGAGAGCGAGUGAAGAUCUGUGCCCAGAGCAAACCUGACAUUUACAGAAAGAUGGUGGACUCUGCUGUUGGUGAUCACUUCUUCAUCCGCACACACUUUGAGCAUGACACAGAGAUUCCUGGCGAGCUGAGCUUUGUACGCGGUGAUGUCUUCAGAGUGCUGGACACCAUGCACCGUGGUAAACUGGGCUCCUGGCUGGCUGUACGCCAGGGCAGUGACCUUCAGGAUAUGGAGAAGGGCAUCAUCCCAAGCAAGAGUCGAGCGGAGCAGAUAGCCACAGUCGACAAGAUGCAGAAGGUGGGUAAUCCUGGUGCAUCUUCAGGACUGCGGGCGGAAUUUUGGAAACUACGAGGUCUGAGAGGAGCAAAGAAGAACCUCCGAAAGAGCCGAGAUGAUCUCACCCAGCUGACCAUUCAGAAUAAAUACCCACCAUAUGAGAAGGUUCAGCUUCAAGAAGCUUCUUUCAAGCGCCCCAUUGUAGUGCUUGGUCCUCUGAGCGAUGUUGCCUUGCAAAUGCUGUCCACUGACCUGCCUCACCAGUUCCAAAUGGCACAGACGGUGCCCCGGAAUGCAGAAGGGAAGUCCUCUUCGGUGAUCAGGCUGGAGACGGUGAAGGAGAUACUAGCAGAAAACAAACACCCCCUACUGGACAUCACGCCAUCAGCAAUCGAGCGCCUCAACUACAUUCAGCUGCACCCCAUGGUGUUCUUCUUGGAACCUCAGAGUAAACAAGAUGUGAAGACCAUGAGGCAGCGGCUGUGUCCGGACUCCAAAAAGAGCUCCCGCCGGCUGUAUGCACAAGCUGUCAAGAUGAGGAAGUACUGUCCCCAUCUCUUCUCUGCACGGAUCACCCUGCAGCCCAAUUCUAUCGCCUGGUAUGAGAUUUUGAAGGACAAAGUCAAGGACCUACAGUCUCGGCCCGUCUGGUUUUCAAAGGACAAGAUGGAGAGUGAAGCAGAACAGGACCUGGACACGCUCGGCCGUGAUCGCUCCUCUGACUAUCUCAGCUGUGACAGCCGUGCCACCAGUGACUAUGAAGAUAUGGAUGGAGAGGGAGGUGGCUACACAGACAAUGAAAUGGAUGAUGCUUUUGAAGGAACGGCCCUGGCCCGCUCUUCUGAGCCCUUUGAGAGUCCACAGCCAAUGGAAUUCCAGCCAGCAUUCCCUCAAGGACAGGAGAGCUCAGGCCAAUACGGAAGAUUUGAUGACCACCGAGAGUCAGACUGGAGGCAGCCACACUUCAGACAGAGUGGUAGUUCAGAAGAGAAGGAAGAGGACAGGGGCUAUGACUGGGGGCCGGCCACUGAUCUCUAGCCAACUGUUUUUUUUUUUUUUUCCCUCUUAUUUUUGAAUUUUUCAUUCCUGUGGUGCAUUUGUCAGUACCAGAUAAAGAGGACCACGUGAAUGGAGGAAGGACACUUUUUCUGUCCUGUGGAAACAGUGUACCAGUGUCACUUAUGGCGCAGCAGCCUGUCUGACCUGAAGCCGUUCUUUCUCCCUUCUGUUUGUGUGUAUGCGUGUCACCUCCCUGGAAGUUUUUAUUCUUCAACUGGGUGCCUUUCUCCAGUAUGAAACUGUAUUUACCUUGGGGGAAAAAUGUCCAUGCACCCAUAACCUUAAUGGGGGGAAAAAAACUCACCUCAAUCUUUUUAUCAGUGUGUUUGCUCUACUUUUAAUUCUACUUCCUAUGAUUUCUAGUUAAAGUGCCUUCAACCAAUACAACAACAGCAAAGGUGAACCCCUAGAAGUGUGUGCACCUCCUCAAAGAAGGGAUUUAGGGAUUUUAUUCCCCUGGCUUUCCAAGUGGUAGUAAGAGGAGAUCUGACCCUUACGGUGGGUGCCAAUAUUGACCAAAGGAGAAACGCACCAAAUAAUGAAGUACAGCAUGUGGGAAGAUGGGUAGGAAUUUGUUAGGUUAUUUUUGUGUGUGUACUGUACAUGUGAAUAAUGUACAUAAUGUAUUUAUAUAAAAAGUAUUGCAUAGUUUGUGUGUGUUUAAAUACCAUAUACACACUAUAUGACUUAUUGUGUAUAUGCAAGACACACACUGUAUAUGCCUGAAAAUAUGCAAGUAGUUUACAAUAUAUUCACCCUGUAUAUGUAAUAUGCUAUAUGAGGAGAGGGUCUACAUGUACCAACAAUAUAUAUAAAAGCACAUACAGUAAAUAAACUGUGCCUAUCUGUGUGUGUAUAAUGUCCUCCCUCUAUAAUAUAACAUUACACCCACUGGUUUGUACUGUGUACGUACUGCAUAGAAUUUAUAUACAAUAAUUAUACUCCUCUGUAUAUACACACUUGCAUUCUGAGUGUAUGUGUAACACAUAGUGCAUUUUAUACAGAGAAAUACAUACAGGUACAUACAAUAUAAAUGUAUUAUGUGUAUAAUGUUUACAUGUAUCACGUGCACUUUUGUAUGCUGUAGAUUUGUAUGUGUAAAUCCAGUACAUAAAUCUGAGCAUAUAGUGUGAGUAUAUAUACAUGCACUGCGUGUGAUAUUCAAAAUACUAAUAACACACAUAACAAUAAUACAGCAUCACUACAACUCCCUGCAUAUGUAUGCCAGUCUUGAGUAAAAACUGUGUAUCAUGUGCACUUGUGAAUGUGCAGAACAUGAGCAUGAAGUGUGUAUGUAUGUAUGCGUGUGUGUAUAUGUAUGUAUAUAUAAUAUAUAUAUAUAAAUAUAAAAAAGUGUGUAUAUAAUGCAUAUGAUAUUCUGAAUACAAAUAACACACAAUGGUUUACAGCUUCACUAACAAAUCCCUGCAUAUGUAUACCAUUCUGUGUACUAACUACAUAACAUGCACACUUGCAUAUUAAACUUACAAACUAGCAACAUCUACAGAACGACUAGAUCACCAUCCAGCAUGUUGGAGAUGUAUGUUUAGCCAGUAAUGCAAUUUCUUUGUCAAAUUACUAACGAGCUUAUAAAUGAAAAGUUGAGUUUUAGCAAAUCUAUUUAUUUCAGUGUAUUGACCAAUAAUUGGAGUGUCUGGGAAAACUAAGUUGUAAAGUUUUCUGAACUGUUGAAUGACAUCCAUUGAUGAUGUGCACUUAAUGAGAGCUGCGUCACAGAAGCACAAUGCCUAAGACCCCUGACGUGUGGUAAUCGGCCCCAAACGCUCAGCCAGAGAGUGAUGGCGGUCAAGGGCACAGACACGCUGUGUUAUUUUCUUGUAGCAUAUUAAGCUGUCCAAAGGACCAUAUGAGGUUGUUUGUUCUGUUUAAUUUCCUUCCUUUCUCAUCGUUUCAUCAAAUGACAAGUGGCCCAUUUUUAUCCCUACAUGCAGAUGGACACUUUUUUGUUGGACAUUGAUCCUUACUUGUUAAUUUUUUUUUUUUGAGUGUGUAAUCUUGUUUCAUAAAUUGAACUUUUUUAAACCUCUGAGCACCACGUAAUAAAUGGCCAGCACGUUUUUUUA